CGGGUGUCCAUACUUAUGCUUGCUGUCUAUCUGAUUCCUGGCUACAGACUAGAUUAUCUGGUCUUCUAAGUUUACAUGCCCAACCAACCUUGAGGAUUUGGGCAAUCGGGCAAUUAGGCAGCAUACGCCUCCUGCCCUAUUUCUUUGUGUAGAGGUCGAUUUCCUAUAGCUCGUCCAUAACUGUGGUGCUUGUUCCUCGAAUCUCUCUACCCUUACCAUAAUACAUGAACAGGGGAAUCUAUCAAACGAACUACCGGCUGCCAACCACCCAUUCACACCCCUUGCUGACGCAUUGAUCCUCUUUGCUUUGAACGAUAGCCAUCAUGGAUUCUAUCUCUACCUUUCAGUGUGCCUUGUGCAGCCAGAUCAUGGAUACAUCAGAAGAGCUCGGCCCAUUUGUCAAAGUCUCAUGCUGUUCUCAGUGCCGACCGUCGGCAUCUGCAAGUGAGAUGAAUUUUCAACAAGGACUUACAAUACUUUUCGAGAGGAGUAUGACACUUGGCCUCCCAUCACCCGUUGCCAACGAUAAAUCAAGGUGCUCUGUUUCUGUUCCUCCCCACUCAACAGCGCUAUACAGUAUCACGCAACACUAUCAUCACUCAGCGCAUAUAGCUCGCCCAAAGGAAUCGGCCAGCAAUAUGGAGAUGCAUCCUGUCGCAAUUGACACACUUAGACAGCAUAAUGUCGAUCCAUCAACACUAUCGCUUAGUCAAUGUGAGCUUUACGAUCAAGCAAUGCCAGAACAACGGUCGCGCUUGUCACAAAUGCGGCAAUCAUCCCUAGAGCACCAAUGCAACAUCGUCCGGGGCGAUACUCAGGGCUCCAAAAUACAAAAUAGCGAUGGGAUAAAUGAGGCUACCAACAUUCCCGACUUUUGGGACAUAUCAUUUGAGAAUGGUACGACUGAGAAUUUUGAUACGCUUAUGUCAGACCAAGGCGUCGAUCAGUUUGCCGGCCAGUACGCCGAGCCAUAUAUGAUCAUUGGCUAUGGGGCUAUUGCUCAGGUUGCUAGAGAAUCUCCUGAGAGAAGAGACGUGGAUCCACCACGCGAGCCUAGCACAGGAGCACCAUAUAAGCUUGCAAAUGAUCCUGUCUAUAGGUCCCAGGGGCAGCGAUGGUGGGAGUGUCGUUUUGGCAUGGUUGAGCACAUAGAUCGAUAAUCACGCCCUGGCUAUGUAGAUUCUCCGUGACAGCGUAUUAUUGCCUGGAUAUAUGUUGACAAAGACAGCUGUAAUGUCAGACCUGCUAGUGCAUACUCAUACACAGUAGGGCUUCUACAAGCUCCUGAGAGCAGAUUCUGCAGCUACCGAUGCUACGGCAGCGUACCAUCCUCCGU